AAUUAUUUUCGCAUGACUCAACUUUAAUUCACGCUUUUACUCUAAAGAACGAGUGAAGAGGUGUCCUAUUUCUAUGGAACGCAAUGAGGCAGGAGAGUUCCCAUUUAUGAGUCGAUACUCGUUGUGACCAGUGCGGGGAGACGCUCGCGCGACUCAAUGGAUUGCUGGAUUCGUAGCCUACUCAUCACAGCUCGAUCGCAGAAACAUUAAACAGGUGGUCAGACACAAACAUCGUAAACCCUCCACAAUGGAGAAAAGGUGAAGAAUCCCGGUCUCUUCUUUUCGGAUACAAUCUGUGUGAGGCCGAAGAGAAUUAAUGUCGAGGCGAACGGGGAGAAGCAGCAUCGCACCUUGAGUUUUCUUCUGGAUCUGUGGGAUAUAUCGGAAAUAAAACUAUGAAAGUGACGGUGUGUUUCGGUCGGACCAGGGUGGUGGUUCCCUGUGGAAAUGGAAAUAUUAAAGUCCACAGUUUGAUUCAGCAAGCCGUAAUGAGGUACAAAAAAGCCAUCGCCAAGGACCCGAGCUACUGGCUGCAGGUGCACCAUUUGGAACACGGGGAUGGCGGUAUCCUGGACGCGGACGAUGUGCUGUGUGACGUCGCUGAUGACAAAGACCGGCUGGUUGCCGUGUACGACGAGCAGGACCCCCACCACGGGGGCGAUGGGACCAGCGCCAGCUCCACGGGCACCCAGAGCCCCGACCUGUUCACUGUGGAGCUCAACUCCAGCAACAUGUCCGCCUUCCAGCCCUACCAGGCCACCAGCGAGAUCGAGGUCACGCCAUCCACCCUCAGAACAAACAUGCCCCUGCACGUGCGGCGCAGCAGUGACCCAGCGCUCAUCGGCCUCUCCGCCUCCUUCAGCGAGCCCCACGCCCCGGCCGAAGAACCUUCCAGAAAAAACCCCACCCGCUGGUCCACCACGGCCGGCUUCCUCAAACCACGCCACUCCCCGGGCACCAACAGCCUGGAGAGAAAGGGUAAAGUUUCGGAAGCCUUCCGCAGUCUGCCCAGAGAUGCAGGCACAUGGGCCAAUCAGAGGGAGUUUCAGAGGGAGAACGCCCGUUCUUCCCUAAGUGCCAAUCACCCCAUGGUGGAUAGGUGGCUGGUUCGGCAGGAGCAGGAGGACGAAGGGAGGGAGGAGGAGAACGGGCGGAUCGAGCCGGUCGGGCGUGACGACUCCUGCCAGGACUCCGCCCCCAUCCGCUCGCUGGAUGACAUUGUGCGGCUGGUCGAGGUGUCCAAUCGUGGCGGCCCCCUGGGAAUCCAUGUAGUGCCUUUCAGUGCGCGAGACAGAAGGACGCUGGGCCUGCUGGUGAAACGGCUGGAGAGGGGGGGCAAGGCCGAGCAGGAGGGCCUGUUCCAGGAGAACGACUGCAUCGUCCGGAUCAACAACGGGGACCUGCGCAACAUCCGAUUCGAACAAGCGCAGCAGAUGUUCCGGCAGGCCAUGCGGUCCCCGGCCAUCCUGUUCCACGUGGUGCCGGCGGGGAGGAAGGCUCAGUACGAGCAGCUAUCCCAGAGCGAGCAGAACCACGCCUACGGGCCGGGCCGGUUCAGUCCGGACUCCCAGCCCGGGGACCGGAACAGCCUGGUUGGGGGCCUGGACCACACCCCCCAGAGGAUGUCCCGGUCUGGGCCUGGGCCCCACCCGCCCUCCCCCGCGGAGCAGGGCGACGCCUACACCUCUCUACCUCACACCGGCGGCUCCGCCAGCAAGCCUCCCUCAGGCCACGCCUCCUCCCCGCUCCGAGCUGUAAGCUCCACCCCUCCCACGGCCUACUCCAAGAAGGUGGGCAGGAGGCUCAACAUCCAGCUCAAGAAAGGGCCGGAGGGUCUGGGCUUCAGCAUCACUUCUCGGGACGUCCCGAUCGGUGGCUCGGCGCCCAUCUACGUGAAGAACAUCCUCGCCCGCGGAGCCGCCAUCCAGGACGGCCGGCUGAAGGCGGGGGACCGGCUGCUGGAGGUGAAUGGAGUCGAUCUGAACGGGAGGACGCAGGAGGAAGUGGUGGGUCUGCUGAGGGCCACACAGAUGGGCGGGACGGUCAGCUUGCUCAUCCUGCGCCAAGAGGACGCCUUCUUGCCCCGGGAAGUGAAUGCAGAGCACCAGAGGCAGAGCUCCAGAGAUCUGAAAAUGGAGGAGGAUGAGCUGGUCCUGACGCCGGACGGGACGCGGGAGUUUCUGACCUUUGAGAUCCCGCUGAACGACUCUGGAUCCGCCGGCCUGGGCGUUAGCGUCAAGGGCAACCGCUCCAAAGAGAACCACGCCGACCUGGGCAUCUUCGUCAAGUCAAUCAUCAACGGAGGGGCGGCGUGCAAGGACGGCCGGCUCCGGGUCAAUGACCAGCUGAUCGCGGUGAACGGGGAGUCUCUCCUGGGGAAGACCAACCAGGACGCCAUGGAAACGCUGCGCAAGUCCAUGUCCACGGAAGGGAACAAGCGCGGGAUGAUCCAGCUGAUCGUCGCCCGCCGGGUCGCCAAGCGGAGCGAGACGGACCCCCCAGGGAGCCCCUCCCGGCCCCCCGAGCUGCCGCUCAGCCCCUCCCUGGACGAUGGGGAACGGCGGAUCUCUCACUCCCUGUACGGGGGCAUCGAGGGGCUGGACGACAACCUGACGCCACGGGCUGCUAUGAUUGGCCGGAUGAAGGGUGGCUACCAGCUGUCUCCCACCGUUAAUAUGCCUCAGGACGAUACCGUGAUCAUCGAAGAUGAUCGGCCGCCUGUCCUUCCCGCCCACCUCUCCGACCAAUCAUCUUCCAGCUCCCACGAUGACAUCGGCUUCCCGGCAGAGGCCCCUGCUUCUUGGCCCAAAGUGCUGGAGAGCCCGAAUGAGAGCUCGCUGGUUCCGGACGCAGACGACGACUCAGACGCGUUCCAGCGGGAGGGCUUCGGACGCCAGAGCAUAUCUGAGAAACGGACCAAGCAGUUUGGAGACGCCGCUCAGCUGGACAUCAUCAAGACCCGCAAGUCCAAGAGCAUGGACCUAGUAGCUGACGAGAUUAACCUCACUCCCCGCUCAGUGAAGAUUGAAGGCUCCCCCACGCGGGACGUCGGCCCGGCCCUGGGCCUGAAGAAGUCCAGCUCGCUGGAGAGCCUGCAGACGGCCGUCGCCGAGGUAACGCUGAACGGGGACAUCCCGCUGCACAGGCCCCGCCCCCGCAUCAUCCGCGGCCGCGUCUGCAACGACAGCUUCCGCGCCGCCAUCGACAAGUCCUACGACCGGCCGGCCGCCGAGGAGGACGAGGAGGGCAUGGAGACACUGGAGGAGGACGAGGAGAGUUCGCGGUCGGGACGUGAGUCGGUCUCCACCCUCGCUGACCUCUCCCCCCUGGUACCCAGCGGCCCCGCCCUCCCUGAGAAGCAGGUGAACGGCGGCCGGAUAAAGGAGGAGAAGAAGGAGAAGAAAGGAGGGAAGGAGAAGAAGAAGCAGGAGAGGGACAAAGAGAAGGAGAAGAGCAAAGCCAAGAAAGGCGUGCUGAAGGGCCUGGGGGACAUGUUCAGGUUUGGGAAACACCGUAAGGACGAGAGGACGGGCGAGAAGAUGGAGAGAAAGGGCUCGAGCAAGGGAAAGGCGGAGGACAUGCAGGCGUCGGACCAGGAGAUGCUGCGAAUGAGGCUGGAGCAGGAGAGGAUCCAGGCGAAGACGCGGGAGCUGAGGGAGAGGCAGGCUCGUGAGCGCGACUACGCUGAGAUCCUGGAGGUGGGCCACGCCCUGGGCCCAGAAGAGGACCACACGUACGCGGGCAUCAGCGACCCCGCCCUGCCCCGGGACCCUGCCCUGCCCCCCCGAGACCACAUCCAGCCCCCCCGGGACCCCGCCCAGCCCGUGGACACCCUCUACUCUCAAGUCAGCAAGUCCCGCAACGGCCGCCCUCCCUCUGCUGACAGCAACCGGCUGACGCUUAGCAACCACGACCGGAUACAGCGUCUGCGGCACGAGUUCCAGCAGGCGCGGCAGGAGGAGGAGCCGGACGAGCGCCGGCGCACGUACAGCUUCGAGCAGCCCUGGGCCAGUGGGGGCAGCAGCGGUGGAGGCUCGUAUGGGAUGCAGACGGGACGGCACUCUGUUUCUGUGGAGGUGCAGGUGCAGAGGCAGCAGCAGGAUGAGAGGGAAGCCUUCCAGCAGCCCCAGAGACAGUACAGCUCUCUGCCAAGGCAGCCCCGUAAGAACCCCAGCGUGGUGUCGCAGGACUCCUGGGACAGAGUGUACCCCCCGGGACAGGGCUUCCAGACCGCCAAGGAGAACCCGCGGUACGCCAGCUACCAGGGCCCGCGAAACGGGCACCUGGGCUCGCGGAACGGGCACCUGGGCGCGCGGAACGGCUACCUGGGCGCGGGCGGCGGGCUGAACGCUCGUGUGCUCCUGGAGACGCAGGAGCUGCUGCGGCAGGAGCAGAGGCGCAAGGAGCAGGAGAGCAAGAUCCGGCUGCCCCCCCCGCAGGAGAGCAAGAUCCGGCUGCCCCCCCCGCAGGAGAGCAAGAUCCGGCUGCCCCCCCCGCAGGAGAGCAAGAUCCGGCUGCCCCCCCCGCAGGAGAGCAAGAUCCAGCUGCUCCCCCCACAGGAGGCCCCCACCAGCUACGACCCUUACCAGGCCCCGCCCCCUCACACACACCGGGACCCUGGUCCUGCCCCUGCCCCCAGCCCCGCCCCCAGCCCUGCCCCUGCCCUCGCCCCCAGCCCCGCCCCCACCAGCCCAGUCCCUGCCAAAGGACCCUACCGCCAGGAUGUCCCCCCCUCCCCGUCACAGCUGGCCCGCCUCAACCGCUUGCACCACAGCCCAGAGAAGGGACGCCCCUUCUAUUCCUGAGGGGGGGGGUCCAGGCCUCAGAGGAACUGAUACACAUGCUCGCUCUCUCUCUUUUCCACCUUCUCUCUCGCUCUCUCCCUCCCUUUCUCUCUCUCUCACUCUCUCCCUCCCUUUCUCUCUCUCCCUCUUCCCUUCUCUCUCCCCCUUUUCUCUCUCUCUCUAUCUUUCUCUCUCACUCUCAUUCUGUCUCUCUGCCCCCCUUUCUCUCUCUUUCUAUCUCUCUCCUCUCUGUGUCUCUCUCUGUCUCUAUCUAUCUCUGGCAGUAACAUAAAAUGGAAGAUGAUAAAGAGGGAAAAAACUAAAGAACUCAUCUGAAAUGAGUCUGAUUUGCUUUGAACUUUGACCCAUUUCUUGUUGCUUUAUGAUUUUCGUAUUUUCUUGGGAAAACUGCCCCCCAGUUUACAAACAUGGGGAUCUUUGGAAUUUAUCACUCUGUCUCUCUCUCUGUGCCUUCUGUUUUUGGGGGUCCUUGCAGUACCUUGCUCCUGUGUUUGGAGAACUCUCUGGGGUUCCCCUGCCCCCCUAAUCCUCACGCUCUGACAAUCACAGCCCAGCUGGGGCCCCAUGGGGACACUGUGUCAUCAGAGUGGCCCCAAGUACUGUACACACAGGUCUCUGCCACGGAACAGCCAUUUGGUGCGCGAGUGUGUGUGUGUGUGUGCGCCUAUUCACGUGUGUGUGUGUGUGUGUGUGUGUGUGCUUAUACACGUGUGUGUGUGUGUGUGUGUGUGUGUGUGUGUGUGUGUGCCUAUACACGUGUGUGUGUGUGUGCGCAUGCAUGUGUGUGAGUGUGGGUGUAUGUGCGUGUGUGUGUGCUUGUGCGAGUGUGUGUGUGUGUGUGCGAGUGUGUGUGCGUGUGAGUUGUUGGUUGUUUGUGUGUGUGUGU